CAGCUGCUUGCAAACGACAAUUUCACUGUGUUGUUUGCAAAAAUGUAUUUCAAGGCAGGCAGGCAAACGAACAGAAAGUGGUUUUACGAUUUUUGAUCACCGUCCGCACUUUCUUCUCGGUCAGAUUGCCUAUGUUCAACUUGAUAGUGUGGGGGAGGGUAUUAUAUGAAUUCGUCUCUUGAAAGGAUGAGCUUGUGGACAGUUCCAUUCUGAUACUGCAGCAGGAUGAUUGAGUAUACGGAGCAUUAUUUCCGAGGAUUAGAUUUGUGGUCAUUAGGGGUAGAUGAAGCUUUCAUCAAUGCUACUGUGGGUGGUUUACGAAGUUAUUUUCUCUACUCACUAUCGGAGGAAUGUGAUAAGUGCCCCUAUACGAAGAUUCGCGAAAUCAAACCGACGAACGCCGAUGCCAAUGUAUUCAAAGUGGAUGUAUCGCGGAAGCUGGGUUUCAAAAUUUUCGAUAAGAACGUUGGAAAAUAUGCAUUCGAUAAUGAGUCUUUUGUGUGCCAAUUUGAUGCCAAUUUGGGUGAAUUCGGUGUUUACGACUUGACGGUGGACGAUAAUGUUCAACGCUUUUGCUCACUGGAAACUGCCAAAACGCCGGUCAACAUUUAUUUGCCCUUCCUCACGAUAACGCUCAUGGCCCUAGUUUUAAUUAUAGUUUUGAAAUGUGGUUUCAAAUUCUACCAUCGAGCAAGUGCACGCGAGGCACCCCUUGCUGCGGCCAGUCCCUCCAGUAGUGGCCACCCUGUUGAACCUCGGAAAACUCGGCUUCAAAGCUUGGAUACAUUUCGCGGAAUCGCCAUCAUGCUAAUGAUUUUCGUCAACAGUGGCGGAGGCCAUUACUGGUGGAUCGAACAUGCCACCUGGAACGGUCUGCACGUGGCCGAUCUUGUGUUUCCAUGGUUUUUGUUCAUAAUGGGUGUGUGCAUUCCGAUUUCUUUGCGUUCACAAGUAUCGCGAAACAUCCCUCGCAAAACAAUUCUCGCCAACGUCGCUGUGAGGUCAUUUAAGCUGUUCUGCAUUGGUUUGUGUUUGAAUUCGAUCAACGGUCCUCAAGUGGCAAAUUUGCGUUUGUUUGGAGUGCUGCAGAGGUUUGGAGUGGCGUAUUUCGUAGUUUCUGCGAUACACCUAUAUUGUUACAGUGAGAGUAUUGAGUUCCAAGGCAGAUUAGCCCGGUUGAAUGUAGAUAUUCUACGUUUGUGGAAGCAUUGGAUCAUUAUGGGUGCUAUUGUUUUCAUAUAUUUGCUGAUAAUGUUUUUGGUCGCUGCUCCUGGAUGUCCAAGCGGAUACUUCGGACCUGGAGGCAAACAUCUGAUGGCAAUGUAUCCCAACUGUACCGGAGGAAUCACCGGAUAUCUGGAUCGCAUAAUUCUGGGUAACAACCAUCUUUACCAACAUCCAACGGCUCGAUACGUUUACGAUGCGCAAGCUUUUGAUCCGGAAGGGCCGUUCGGCUGCCUGCCUACGAUACUGCAGGUUUUCCUCGGGCUGCAAUGUGGCGUGCUGAUACUUACCCAUACGGAGGUGAUGGCUCGAAUUCGCAGAAUGGCUGCUUGGGGAACGGUACUAGGAUUGCUCGGAGGAAUCCUAUGCGGGUUCAGCAAAAAUGAUGGAUGGAUACCGGUCAACAAGAAUCUCUGGUCGCUGUCUUAUGUGCUGGUUACGGCUUCGCUGGCAUUUGUGCUGUUGCUCAUCUGUUUUGUGUUAAUUGAUGUGAAAAGAUUGUGGACAGGAAACCCCUUCUUAUACGCAGGAAUGAACGCAAUAAUCCUAUAUGUAGGCCACACCAUUUUCCAUAAGAUGCUUCCAUGGCAUUGGAGAAUCGGACUGAUGAAUACUCAUUUCAUGCUAAUGUGCGAGGCCUUGUGGAAUACUGUCCUUUGGAAUGGAAUUGCUUAUUACUUGUUUAAGAAGAAAAUUUUCUACAGCUUGUAAAGCUUAUAGUGACUUUAAUAAAGACCUUCCACUCAA